AUGCGUCUGCUAUCUGUCUGUGUUCUUAGCACAUUGCUCUGCAAGUAUCGAGCAGUGGGGGAAGACAGUGCUGCUUACAACGCUGUGUGUGCGUAUUUCUUUCCCGGUGAAUACACGUACCAAUGCGCUGAUGGUACGUACUGCAUUUCUGAAGACAUGAUGUGUGACGAUUACGAAGUUUGCCCGGACGGCAGUGACGAAAUCGGUUGCGGUGGAGACGAAACCGAUGGCGAAACCGCUGUUAGUGGUAAGGAUUCAAUAGAUUCAAUGACAUUCCUGCCAUGUGAUAGCAGUACUGAUGUCGCCGAUGAAGGAAAUAAUGACACUGGCAAUGAGGCUGAUAGUGAUGGCGAUGUGAAUGGCGGCAACAAUGACGAUACUGGAGAUGAAGAUAAUACGAAAACAAAAGCCUACAACGACACGAGCGGUUGUGGUAAACAGUAUCUAGAGAGUCCAUUUGUAUGUGUGGAUCGUAGCUGGUGUAUAAAAGAAGAACAACUCUGUGACGGUCUCGUCAACUGCAAUGAUCACAGUGAUGAAAUCGAGUGUGGGUACGGCGAAACUGACAGCAAUAACUGCACGGUGCCAACGCACUUAGGUAAUGACGGACCCAGCGAUUUCGAAGACCAGCUGCUUGAAGCGCACAACUAUUUCCGCUGCCUUCACGGCGUGGGCGCUCUUAGCUGGAACACAACGCUCGCACUGAAGGGUCAACGCGUGGCACAGAAUAAUUCAGAAAGUGGAAAACUUGAACACACUUCCUUGUACGACUAUGGGGAAAAUCUGGCUGUGACGAGAAUGGAAGAUAUGAGUUACGCAACAGGUUAUGGUUUUGUUAAGUUAUGGUACGAUGAGAUAAAACAUUACGAUUACAGCAAACCCGGAUAUGCACUUGAAACUGGACACUUCACCCAAGUUGUGUGGGCAGAUAGCAAGACGCUUGGCUGUGGCGCUGUCGACGAUGGCAACAGAGAUUGGCUCGCCUGUGAAUAUAGCCCACCUGGCAAUUACAACAACCAGUUCUCUUCAAACGUACCUCAACCAUUAUAA